AUGUGUGCAUUGGUGUCAUAGCAUUUUUAUUUGGGAUAUGGAUGCUAUGGACUUUAGGACAAAUCAACUAUUUUGGAAGAGCAGAUUUCAAUAAUAUUAUAAAGAAACAACCACAACCUUUAAGGACAAACGCUUCUGAAACCUAUUUUACUAUAUUAUUUUAUGCUAUACCUGCCUGGUUUAAUCCCAAAACUGUUAUUUUUCAUGAAUGCAGCUACAAAAACUGCAAAUUAAUAACAGAUAAAAAACUACUUUCCACAAGUGAAGCUGUCAUCUUUCAUCAUAAUUCAUUUUCAACAUUGCCUGAUAAGCCAAGAGGUCAAAUAUGGAUAUUUGCUUCUUUAGAGAGUCCAUAUCAUACUAGUAAACACUUUAACACUGAAAAGGUGAAGGGAAAAUUUAAUUGGACAAUGACGUACCGAAAAGAUUCUGAAGCGUUUUCACCGUAUGCAUUUCUGAAGAAACAACUUCACAUUCCUGUAAAAAAAUACACCUCUAUAUUCAUGAAUAAAACAAAAAACAUUGCUUGGGUCGUGAGCAACUGCCAAACUCAAUCAAAGCGACAGGCUUAUGUGAAAGAAUUAUCGAAAUAUAUUGAUGUUGAUAUUUAUGGAAGAUGUGGGAAACCUUGCUUAUUUAAAGGAGAGCAUUGUAAAAUGCAUUUAAGUAAAACUUACAGAUUUUAUCUAUCUUUUGAAAAUUCAUUAUGCAAAGACUAUUUGACAGAAAAAAUAUUUAGAAUGUACAGCAAUAGUAUUGAUUUCAUUCCAAUCGUUCGAGGUGCACCUAAUGCAAAAGACCAUUUGCCACAAAAGACAUAUAUUUCAACGUCUGAUUUUCAGUCACCACAAAAACUGGCGGCAUUUCUUAAGAUUAUCGGCAGCGAUAAAACACGCUAUAUUUCAUAUUUGAAAGAAAAACAUAAAUAUUUGGCUAGUGCAUAUGAGAAAUCGGACUUUUUCGCGGGACUUUGUGAUAUAUGUUAUCAUUUAAAUGUAGGAACACAAAAACCUAAAACCAUAGAUCUAAACAAAUGGUUAUGGGAAAAUCAGUGUCAUAUGCCAACUGACAUACAUGUACCCAAUUAA